AUGUAUGGUCCAAAGAACAGACCUGGAAAAGAGACGCCUCGUGAUAGAUCUUGGAAAAUAACAAAGCAAAUGCUUGAUCCAAAAGAAUUAAGGGAAUGGGCAUUGAUUUCUUACAUCAAUAAUGACCCAAAAAAGAAAUGGCCUGCUAGAUACAAAGGGCCAGCCCAUCUUAAUGAUCGUGGAAUUGAGAAUUUUGUUUACUAUCUUGUCAAAGCUGGGGGAGAAAAGGGGUUCUUCAUUACUGAGCAUCCAUGCUACACAAAAAUCGAAACAGGUUUUCUUGGAACUAAUAAACUGUUCGGUAACCUCAAAGCUAGUUAUCGCGAUUUACAGUUAAUCAUUGUUGUAUUGCCUGUUGAUGGUGAUGAUUUUCAUGAAGAAGUCAAGCACUGUGGCGACGUUGCUCAUGGUAUCACCACGCAAUGUAUUAAGGUCGAGCAUGCUUCUAAUGAUUUCUCGGACUGGCGAAAACGAGAGACGCUCGUUAAUCUCUGCCUAAAGAUCAAUGCAAAACUUGGUGGAACAACCUGUGCCAUUGACAGAGAAGUGAUAUAUCCCCAAUUCUUGGUGUCCCAGUCAUAA